GGGGAAAGAAAAAAUAAAUAAAAUAAAAUAAGAAGCAAAAGAAGUCCAAGUUUCCACAAAAACAAAUCUGAGUCCCACCCACUUAACAGUUGCCCCAAAAGCAAUAACAAGAAGAUUCAGAAGGCCAUCACCAAAACCACUAAUCCAACACUCACUUCAUUCUUCAUGCUAAAUCCAAACCAUGUCUGACCCUCCCACCACCCCAUUGCCACCACCUCCAAUCAUACCUUCCCAACCCCACCACCCUCACCACCACCACCACCACCACCAUCCUCCUCCUCACCUCCCCCUCAUCCACCACUCCACCGCCACUCCACCACCCCCUUCUCCAUCUCCCUCCUCCUCCACCUCCUUAGCCAGAGAAUACCGCAAAGGAAACUGGACCAUCCAAGAAACCCUCAUCCUCAUCACAGCCAAGAAACUCGACGACGAGCGCAGACUCAAAACCGCAUCAUCAUCGUCGUCGUCGUCAUCCGCCUCUCCUGCAUGCUCCACCACCCCAACAAGUAGAAGCAGCGGCGAGUUAAGGUGGAAGUGGGUUGAGAACUAUUGCUGGAGCCAUGGGUGUUUGAGGUCUCAGAAUCAAUGCAAUGACAAAUGGGACAACUUGCUCCGUGAUUACAAGAAGGUUCGCGACUAUGAAUCCAAAUCACAAUCACAACAAUCAAACUACGACGACAACAAAGACUUAUUACCUUCUUAUUGGACCCUCAACAAGCAACAGAGGAAAGAACACAACCUCCCUUCUAACAUGGUCUUCGAAGUUUACCAAGCCAUUUGCGAAGUUCUUCAAAGGAAACAAACUCAAACUCAACCUCAAAGAAUAACCGCCGCAACUCCAACAACACCAAUAACAACAAUAACCACCCCACAACAACAAACUCAACCUCAACCUAUCACAAUAGUAACUUCACCACAACCACCGCCUCUUCUUCCACCUCCGCCUCCACCUGCACCGCCACCGCCGCCGCCACCACCACUACCCCCUCCUCCUCCUCCUCCACCACCGGCGCCACCUCAGGCUCCUACCAGCUCCACCACUCCGGUGGGUCUGAAAACCCUGCCACAUUUAAUGGGGAGGUCAGAAUCAUCAUCAGGAACAGAAGAAGAUAGUGAUAAUGAUGAUGAUGGAUCCGAAAGUAAGCGUAGGAAAGUGAAGAACCUUGGUUCAAGCAUAAUGCAUAGUGCUUCAGUGCUAGCAAGGGCAUUAAGGAGUUGUGAGGAGAAGAAGGAGAAGCGCCACCGUGAGAUGAUGGAACUUGAGCAAAGGCGGAUACAAAUGGAAGAGGCUCGAAACGAGGUUCAACGGCAAGGCAUCGCCACCAUCGUCGCCGCCGUCACCAACCUCUCCGGUGCCAUUCAAUCACUCAUCAAUAAUAAUCCUGAACGCCAUGGCCAAAGAUAAUGUGCAUCCCAUGACAUAUUAUUAAUUAAUUAAUUAAUUAUUGCUUCAAUUUUCUCUUGAUUAUUAUGUGAUUCAAGAAAAAAAAAAGAAUUAUAUAUAAUAUUC